CCGUCCCACUCCCAGUAUUGGGUGCCGCCCCACUCCCAGUAUUGGGUGCCGCCCCACUCCCAGUAUUGGGUGCCGUCCCACUCCCAGUAUUGGGUGCCGCCCCACUCCCAGUAUUGGGUGCCGCCCCACUCCCAGUAUUGGGUGCCGUCCCACUCCCAGUAUUGGGUGCUGCCCCACUCCCAGUAUUGGGGAGAUGAAUACAUGUAUAAGAGAGGAUGGUGGCUUUGGGCCAGGACGGAAGCUUAGUACUAAUAGGACAGGGAAGGUUCUGCAGGAAAGGGCAAGUCUAUGUGUGGGGGAGGAAUCCAGUCUUUCCUGCUCUCCGGCGCUGGUUCUGUAGUGAAACCCUUUGCCCCAGAAUCUCUCUCCCAUUCAGCCCUGUGCUCCCCCCGGGGGGGCUCAUACGUUCGCUCACUGGCGCGUUUAUGCACGGGGGGCAACAUGCAGUUUGUGAGGUCCAUACAAUGUCUCCAUGGCAGCGCCCAGUGUCCCCCCCACAUGGCGUCGGGCUGCAGCAAGCUGGAAUCCGCCAUCGAGGUGCUGGUGCAGAACUUCUAUGUGUAUGCGGAGAAGAAGGGCAAGCAGGACAAGAUGAACAAGAAGGAGUUCCGCAAGAUGGUGACGCAGGAGCUGCAGCAUGUCCUGACGAACACACAGAACAAGGAGGCGGCCAACAAGCUCAUCCAAUCCCUGGAUGCGGAUGAAGACGGGAAGAUCAGCUUUGAUGAGUACUGGACUCUGAUUGGAGAGAUUGCCAAGAAGCUGAGCAUGCAGAUGGCCACGCAGUGCCAGGAGGGGCGCUAGGGGCUGGGUGCACCCUACUCGCCUUCACUGGCACCCACUGGGGGGGCAUCACCCUAUGUAAUAGGCCUGUAGCCUCUGUUCACUGAGAUGGGCGACUUAUCAAUAGUUAGAGGCACCACCCACGGGUGCAACCUGGGAACAAAGAGACAACCUCCCCGCACCCUCUUGUUACCCCCCCCCCCCAUAUUAUCUGAGCCAGGGAACAAAUGUGAGGAAACUACCUCUCCAUCAGCCCCACCCAGGGUCAUUGUGAUUGGGUCUGCCUUGGGGUUCCUCUGAUUUGCACCCCCAAAGGACACGUGAUUUUAUACCGACAAUCUGAACCAAAGGUCUGCUGGAAAUUCUGUCAAGAACUCUCACCCCUACAGCCCCACUGUGUGUCUGUAUUGCCCCCGUCAGGGGCAGUUGUGCUGUGUUCUUGUGCAGUAAAAUUGUGGUGAUCAAAGUGUA